CCGGCUUCUUCUAGCUUCAUUUAUCGUUUGUUCUUAGUGCAGGGCUCACGUGUUUUUUAUACUUUAUAUCGUGGAACUAUUUUAAAAUGGCGAAAGCAAGGAGAAAUUUAGAAGUUGAGUUCAACGAAAACCUGAAUCGUAUAUGCUUUGAAACUGGGUACGUAUAUUACCAGUUGAAUGGCCAAAGAAGCUUCGAGCCUUACAGUUACAUAAUGAAGCCCCAAAGAGGGUGCGAAAUUUUCGUCGGGCGCCUCCCAAGGAACAUUUAUGAAGACAAGUUAAUUCCGAUUUUCAAAGAGGUUGGGCCCAUCUUCAAGGUACGCGUUAUGGUGGACUACCAAAACAACACCCGUGGGUACGCUUUCAUAAGUUACUUUAACUCCGAAUGCGCCGACAAAGCCGUCGAAAAGUUCAACAACUACGAGAUUGCACCGAAUGCAAAAAUCGCGGUCUACAAGUCUGUCGACAACUGCCGUCUACUGAUCAGCCAUAUCGACACCCAAAUGACCAGGCCGAAAGUAUUCGAAAUGCUGGACGAGUUAUACGUGAAAGGGGUCAAGGAUGUUAUUUUCUACGCUAACCCGACCAACCCCCAACUCAACAGAGGUUAUGUUUUCGUGGAAUUCGAAAGCCAUCGCGAUGCCGCCAUUGCGAGAAGAUAUUUGUCUUCCAAAAACGCAGAGGGUCCUGGGAAAGGGCUCUACGUUGAUUGGGCAGAUCCACUGCCGGAAGUGGACCCGCAGAUCAUGGCCACCGUUAAAGUGCUUUAUUUAAAGCCACUCCCCUUUGACAUGUCGUCCCACGAGGUUAAACACAUCCUCUCCAAUUUCAUCGACAUCCAAACGGUGGAUAAAGUACACAAAAUCAGGGAUUUUGCCUUUGUCAACUUCAAGGAGAGAAUGUGGGCAGAGUUGGCUUAUGAGAGGUUAAGAGGAUUAAGGAUCCUUGAUGAGCUAGUUAGAGUGGACUGGUCCAAGCCACCUUGUUACAGCAAGCAAAAUCGCCAGGGCCAGGACCCACAAAACUAUUGCAAGAAUUUGAUGGGGCUGUGCAAUCAAACGGGCUAUAAAAUUGUGCAGGAAAACGGGCAACGCAUUUAUUCUCCCAUGGUGAAGGUCAAAACACCGCCCAGAGGUUGCGAAGUGUUCAUAGGAAGAAUCCCGAAAACAGUUUUCGAAGACAUCUUGAUUCCGAUUUUCUCGAAAGUGGGGCCUCUAUACAAAUUCCGAAUUAUGAUGGAGUUUAACCAGAAGACCCGCGGGUACGCUUUCGCGACGUAUUUCAACAAAGAAGACGCCAAUUUGGCGUUCGUGGAAGGCAUCUCGGACGUAAUCAUGUACGCGGACGUUGCCGACGAAAAAUUAAACCGCGGUUUCGUCUUCGUCGAGUUCGAGAGCCACCGGUUUGCCGCCAUGGCUCGAAGGCGUCUUUCCCCGGAGAAUCUAGUCGCCUGGGGCCACACUCUGCACGUUGAUUGGGCCGAUCCGCUACCUGAGGUUGAUACCGGGGUCAUGUCGAAGGUAAGGAUCCUUUUUAUGAAAAAUCUACCCCCAGAAUUUACCAACAUUGAACUUCAAGCCAUACUUGUCAACUACCUUGGAAAUGAAACCAUUAAGAAGACUUACAAAAUGGACCAUUACGCGUUCAUACAUUUUACCAACCGGAAAAAUGCCGAAAUCGGUCUUCAAAAGUUAACCGGAUUGAAAAUAAACCAGGUCCAAAUUUCGAUUGAAUGGGCCAUACCGAGAAAUUUCAGCAAAAAAAAACGACUAACAAACGGGCCGCAAAAUUUUUGCACCAACGUUCCACUAUGCUUACGCCGUUUGGUCCACGAAAAAAUAAAGGGAAUUUCUAAUAAAAAACGAGUUCCUGAACCCAAUAAAGCAAACAUUUUGCCAAUAGAAGGAAGCGAAAGUUCGUCUGAAAUGAAUUCAGAAGUUUAUUUAUUCUAA